AGAAAAUUUCAUAACAAAUGAAAUCUUAGCUUCGAAAUUGAUGAUGUAUAUGCCAACCCUUUUCUUUGUUUUCCUUUACACUCAUAUGCAUACUUUCAUACUCAAAUAUUAACAUAGUCAUAUGUUAUUAGAGUCUAGAAUCUUAGCUUAAUUAAUUAGUAGCAUGUUGGGUUAAGUUGUUAGCUGCAACUUCUUUUCUUCUUCUUCUUCUUGAUUAAGUUGGUAAUUACAAUCAACAAAUGGAUGAAAUUCAGAGGGAAAAAGUCUAUGUUGGUGUUGGAAUUGAUGUGCAAGAUGGAUUCAAGGUUUUGAAUUGGGUUCUCAAGAAUUGGAACAAUAAUAAUUCUCAUCCAAUUUCUAUUGUUAUUCUCCAUGUUGCUCACAACUUCUCCAAUGAUUAUGUUUCUACACCAUUUGGGAAACUUCCAGCAAGAUCUGUGAAUGAAGAGAAGCUUGAAGUUCUAAAGAAGUAUGAAGAAGAUAAAAUCAAGAAGCUCUUUUCCAAGUAUAUUGCUUAUUGUGAUAAAGCCAAGGUGCCGGCAGAAAUUCUUCAAGUUGAGAAAGUUGAUGAACCUAUCCAAAAGCGCAUCCUAGAUUUGAUCUUUAGCCUUGGAAUUACCAAAUUGGUCAUUGGCUUUUCAUUCAUGAAGCCCUCCUUGAAAUCAAGAAGUGCCAUAAGUGGAUUGUUCUAUGUUCACCAGCACAAACCAUCAUUCUGUGAAUUGUUCAUAGUUUGUGGUGGAGAACAAGUGUUCCUAAGAUCAAACAAUGAAGAGAAAAUCAUGGAGGAUGAAAAUGGUGUCACGGUUGCAAGGUUAAAAGACAAGGUAACCUUCAAAGAUUGGCUUGAGAAAAUAAUGUUCAACGAUAAUAAUAACAAAUCAAAUGCAUCAACUUCAAAAAAUCUUGAGUCAUCAGCAGUUACCCAGAACCAAUGGGAAUUUUAUCUUCGAGAAAUUGAUAAUUACUAUCAAGAAUUGUUGAUGUCAUACUCCAAUUUGGAUGAGAGAAGCUGUGUGCAAGAAAAUGAUGGUUCAUCACAGAUUGGUCCAAUUGAGACAGGCGUCAUUAUUGAACAGAACAAUUCUUCUUCUAAUACGAGUGCUACAGAAAAAAUUGAGAUCCUACAAAAUAAAUUGAAUGAAGCUCAAAUGACCAUCCAAAUGAAGAGGAAAGAAGCUAAGGAUCAAAUAGAGAGGCGCACAAAAGCAGAAUGGGCAAUAUGUUUAUGCAAUAGUAGGGCUGAAGAAGUUGAAUCAAGAAUAAAGGAAGAAGUGGAUGCAAGGGAAGAAAUUAAGAAGGAAGUAGAGGAAGAAAAAGAACAAACGCAGGAGAUUCGAAUAGACGUAGAAGAGAGGAAGAGGAGGCUAAAGUCACUAUCAGAGCUCCAUUCCGAGCUCUCAAAGAGGGUGCACGUGUCCAAGAUGGCCAAGUCACGUGCGGAGAGGCAGCUGGAGAAAGCGAUUGCGGAGAGAGCGGAGAUGGUGAGGGAGAUAGAGGAGCUGAGGAGACAGAGGGACGUGCUCAACAGAAGGAUCGAGUUCUGCAAACAGAAGGACGCAAUUGGAAUGGCCGCAAGGCUCAUGAGCCAAGAGGAGGCGGCUGCGUGUGCUUUCAGGGAGUACUCCGAGGAGGAGCUGCGCCUGGCCACGGACAACUUUUCCGACAGGUUGAGGUUCAAGUCCGGUGGAGAUUGGAGCCAUGUGUAUAAAGGACGCAUGCCUCAUUCCACCGUUGCCAUCAAGAUGCUUGCUUCUUCUUUGUCCCUCCAAGAUUUCCAAGCUAAGGUGAGAAUUCUUGGUGAUAUUAGGCAGCCUCAUCUGAUUGCUAUGGUGGGCUUUUGCUCCGAGCCCAAAUGCGUAGUAUUGGAAUACAUGCACAACGGAAGCUUACGAGACAUACUAUUUUCUAGGAGAAGAAACCGGGCUUUAAAGUGGCAUGAUAGAAUACGAAUAGCUACAGAAGUUUGCUCGGGCCUAAGCUUUCUAAACUCAGUUAAACCAAGGCCCGCUAUCCAUUGUCACUUGACCCCAUCCAACGUCCUCCUAGACCGGAACUAUGUAGCCAAGAUCACGGGCUUUGGGCUUGAUGAGUGCCACGACGAGGAGUGUAGCGUUGAGUCAGAUAUCCGGGCCUUGGGGGUGUUUUUGCUACACCUUCUAACAGGAAGAAAUUGGGCCGGGCUUGUUGAGGAGGCGAUGAUAGUAGAGACGGAUAGAGAAGCAUUUGUUGGGGUUCUUGAUGAGACGGCCGGAGCAUGGCCGUUGGAUCUAGCUAAAGAGAUUGCGGGCCUAGGGAUGAGGUGCAUGUCGAGGGGAGAGUUGAGUAUUGGAAUGGUGAUGGAGGAGCUGAGAGAGAUUAGAAGAAAGGGUGAUGAGAUAGCAGCAAGAGAAGGGCGAAGGGUAAUAAGAAGUGGAAGUGGUGCAGAUAGAGAUUGGUCAAGUGCUGUACCGAGUGUUUAUCUUUGCCCUAUACUUCAGGAUGUAAUGAAGAAUCCACACGUGGCGGCAGAUGGCUUUUCAUACGAGCUUGAAGCAAUACAACACUGGUUGCAAACAGGACAUGACACGUCACCAAUGACAAACUUAAGGCUUAAACACACAUUCCUCACCCCUAAUCACAGCCUUCGCUCCUUAAUUGAAGAUUGGCAUACCAAGAAUAAUACAUCAUCUGCAGUUUUAAAUUAG